CUGGAAAGCCGUUCGAUUCGCCACAAUGCUCGCAGAUGGCAUACUCACGCUUGUCCACUUCUGAGCCCACACUUUCGCUUUUUCUUUCUUCUUUUCUUCGCAGAGUGUCAUUAGAUCUGCCAAGCAAGAAGAAGAGACAAGACCGAUCGGACGUCCGGUGAUGUGUGCGGGAUUGUUUGUGGUACGACUUGAACCCACUGAAACAAGGGAGUGGACGAUUACCGCCGGCUUGGGCACAGGCUAAGCGGGAGAGGGAUGCGGUCGUGGGCUCUCGAAGACAGUAAGUACAAUGUAUGCUACAUACCGAGAUUGGAAAACAUCUCGUGUUGUGGUUGUCGUGGUAGCAAUCAGCACGGUUGCUUGCUGGAGGCACGCAGAAGGUCAAGCCACCGAGGCUGUUUUGCAGGAAGACGCACAAAUUACUCAUUGUAUAUUAGCCAUCUCCUCACCGACAUCGCACUUUGAUGAGGUUUGCUUGCGGUAGACAGGAACGCGGGAAGCAUCUGCAUCCCGUUAUCGAACGACAAAAAAGAAAACCAACCG